AUGCUGCUUACGCUUCCGACGGAGCUGGUUGAGCUCGUCCUCAGAACGUGCGAUACAACGAGCUACCUUCAGCUCGCUUUCAGCUGUCGGACCUUAUUGUCAAUUGCAACCAACGGAAAAGAGCUCAUUACUCAUCAUUUAAAGAAUACACCUGGCUGCCUCAACGAUGAAUACCUCGGAUCAGCAUCAAACCGACAAUUGUUCCGAUUGCUUGUUCACCUAUCAUACCACCAACUCUACGGUGCGGAGUUUUACUCGGAACGCAAGUUUUUCAACUUUUCAAACAAAGUGCUCGAUACUCGUGCUUCAUCUCUCGGAUUCGGUUCUCUCGACAACGUCGCUCUCGUCUUCAAGAAUGAUGAAACCACUUACCGCUGUCGAAUAUCUCAAGAAGGGAGUGUGCACAUAAGACUCAAUUUCCCACUGAAGUCGCCAGCGAGCAAGCUCGGAAAGAGGGAGAUCCUUUUCACUGCUCAUGGGGGCAAUGAAAGAGCCGACGGGGAAAAUUACUAUGGGACCUAUGUUCUGCACCGCUUCAAACCAUUUAUUGACCAGAGCGACACCGACCAUCCUUUCAUCCAGCAAGCAAUGCAAUCUAGCCCAGACGGAACCAUUUUCCUUGCUUUCCAUGCGGAUCGCCCAUCUCGCGACGUUUACAUUUACAGUUUCCCCGAUGAGCAGGAAUAUGAGCCUGUCGCUGUCGCGGCUGCCCCGAUGUCCCCUUCGGACAUAGGUUUCAAAUUUGCUAUUUCGUGGCAGCAUCGCCAUCAUCACAAUGACCAUCAUGUGAUGCUUUACGCAAAUGCGGACGAUGAUGAGGACGAUGAGGACGAGGAGCAAGAUGAAACGAUUCAAAUGAAAGGUUUGUUUGAAGUUACUCCUGGUUAUCGACCAAUUCGCUCGCUGACGCCUUCACUAGGAUCGAGAUACGAUUCCUGCGUUCUCACUGAGACCAUCGAGACCGACGCCGAGACAAGCGGCCAGGGGUUCAGUCAUGAAGAAAUCGAGAGAAGAGGCCCCGCAAUGGGGUUGGCUUUCAAAGAUGAAUGGAGCCAAUUGCUACAUUACCAUAGAGGGCAAACUCUCUACAGUUCAUUCCAAAAACUCCAUUCACUACCAUCGAUGGGUGCCUCGGAACAACCCAAACUGGCUCGCAAUGCUUGCCGAGUUAGAUUCUCAGACUCUUUGUCUCUGCAAUUCGCGAUCGAUCUUCCAUUCUUCAGCAAGCAUGAACCAGGCCACGAGCUCCCAGGCGGCCGAUGUCACUGGCAAUAUCUUGCCGUCGGAAUUGCCACUCACCGAGUAGAGCACUGGACAGUAGCAUGCUUGCUCAAGUCAGAAGCUUUCUCUGGUCGGUGUGACCAUCAGCGCAAUCUCGACCGCGGACGCAGAUUCGACCAGUGGCAGAUCAUGGCCCGACUGGACGGAUAUCACGAAUCGAAUACCUCGCACAGAUCUCUGAUGACUACUUCUUUCCGUGGUACUCGGAUCGCAGCUGCGAGCUGGAAAACGGUUACAGUCUGGGUACUGAACCCGCAUGCGUUGGUCGAGGGUAACGAGAGUGGUUUCUACCCUGAAUCAUGGACGUCGUCGACAAUCGGUGUGACGGAAUUACCGCCUGUCGUAAUUGAUCUGGGUGCAGUUUGCUCACAGAUCGAAUUCACAGUUGACGAGAAUGUAUUGAUUGCUAUGACUGAUCGAGGACUUAUGCUCCUGAAGCUCAAGUCGGAUGGCAGGGGGGUGGAAGUUGUUGAGAACUGCAAGGGUAUUUUUGACAGCGAUGGUAUUCCGGAGCAUGGCCCGAUAGAAGUACUGAACUACUCCGACUCAGAAGGAGAAGAAGGAGAUAUGUAG